AUGAUCGACCGAUAAAUAACCAUUAUCUUUCCGUAUUUUUUCAGUCACUCAACAUGUUCGGAACUGUGGCCCGCAGAUGUUCCUGAUAAGCCGCAAGGGCGGCACUUUGCUGACCAUCAACAACUUCAUCUACCGCUCCAAUCUUAAGUUCUUCGGCAAGAGCAACAACAUUCUCUACUGGGAGUGUGUCCAAAACCGAUCGGUCAAAUGCCGCAGUCGCCUGAAAACCAUCGGCGAUGAUCUCUAUGUGACCAAUGAUGUGCACAAUCACAUUGGCGACAACAGGCGCAUUGAGUCAGCCAAGGCUGCUGGCAUGCUGAUCCACAAAAAGCUGAGCUCCCUCACGCCAGCCGACAGAAUACAAAGCUCCUGGAAGCAAGAGUCCACCGAGGCUAACCUGGACCCGCAGCCUAGGAUGUAGCCGUCUACCGCUUCUUAGCCAUUCCCCUUUCAUCCGACUUAAAUUUAUAUUUUUUAAGCUAAAUCUAUUGUUUGCGUAAAGUAUAUGUCAAAAUAGACUGAGUGUCCCGAGCCCAGUUAGGAUGGGUAAGUACCCUACCUGGGGCUUCUCAAUACAAGUCCUGUAAAUCACAUGA